UCAGACUCAUCAUCACUGAAGCAAACCCAGAGGCUGGGUUUGGUGGCCCCUGGCAAGCAGAGACCUUGCAGCCUGCAGCUCCCCAGCCAGGAGGCUUCUCCUCUGUUGCUUUGCUCCCAGGCUCAGGUCUUAGGUUUCCUCCUGCUGCUCUCUCCCAGGUUUCAUUCUCCCACUGGGGGGAAAAGGAACUGAACCUGGCUCGAAGCAGCAAAACUUCCUCCUCCUGCUGAGGGCUGGCAAGGAUUUGGCAUCCCCAGCAGAGCAAGGAGAUGCUGAGGUGCCAGUGAGCAGCGAGGGGCAGAGCCACGGAGCCCAUGAGGAGGCAAGGACCUGGCUUGGCACCCGCGAGCAGGAUCCGGCCGAGCCUGAGCUGAGCAUGCCAGAGCCAGCGCCGCUGGGCGCCGACAAGCAGCGGGCGGAGAAGGCGGCAGCCAAGGGCAGCACUGCUGCACCUCCAGUCCCCAGGAGCCUCCCGGUGCAGAGGAAGGUGGAGCCCCCCAGCCUGGACCCCGCAGAGGAGCCUCUCCUCUGGGAAGGGCUCACCCUUAACAAGUGCAUCCUGGUGGCCUCCAUCGUUGCCCUGCUCAGCGUCACCUUCCAGGUGCUCCAAGCACCAUGCUCCAGGGAAGCAGUCAGCCGCGGCAGGCAGGAGCCUCCACCCCCUCCCCUGCACGAGGUGGUCAUUGCCAAGGAGGAGGAGGUCCAGGAGGUGGUGACUGCUCAGCCUCCCCAGCCAGAGAGCAGCACACUCAAGGAGGAUGACAACGAUGAUGAUGAUGAUGGUGAAGAUGACAACGAAGAUGACAGCAUUGCUGACAGCAACUUGGCAGAGCCUUGGAUCUUCAAGAAGUGGUUUGGUCGCUCAGCACCCGAGGAUGAGGAUGAGGAGUCCGUGGAUGAAGAGGCUGUGGAUGAGGAGGCUGAAGAUGAGAAGCCUGUGGAUGAAGAGCCCACAGAUGAAGAACCCAGAGCCAAAGAACCUGCAGAGGAAGAACCUGCAGGCAAAGAACCUGCAGGCAAAGAGCCUGAGGAGGAAGAGCCUGAGGAAGAAGAGCCUGGGGAGGAAGAGCUCGAGGAGGAAGAGCCUCAGGAAGAAGAGCCCGAGGAGGAAGAGCCUGAAGACAAAGAGCCCGAGGAGGAAGAGCCUGCAGAUGAAGAAGACGCAGAUGUCCCCGAGGUGCCACCGAUCGCAAGAGAGGUGAAGAAAAGCAGGGAGAAGCUGAAGGCGGAGAGGAAGGCGGAGAGGAAGGCGGAGAGGAAGGCGGAGAGGGUCCGGGAGCGCCGCGCAGCACCGGCGGAGCGCAGCGGCCGGCGGGAGGCAGCCGCCAAGGACCGGGCGCAGCGGGACCGAACCGGCAGAGCCCCCAAAGCCCCCCGGGAGCCGGAGCCGGAGAAGAAGCGAGGCCGAGAGAGGAGGGAGAGCCGUCGGGAGCGGGCUGAGCCCAGGAGGGAGGCUGGGAAGGGCAGGGAGAGCCCCAAGCGGGACUGGCGGCAGCAGAGGGGAGGCAGGCAGCGCUGGGAGCCGGCGGCCAGCCCGGGCAAGGACCCUGCCAAGCCCCGGGAGGGCAAGAGGCGCGACUGAGCCUGGGGUGACCGAGGGGCUGAAUGCAGGGGAGGUGGUGGUGGUGGUGGUGGUGAGGGGGGGUGUCCAACCCCGCCACCCCCCCUCCCCCGGCGAGGUCCCUUUGCCUGCUCUCCAGAGGCAGCCCCAGGCUGGCAGCGUGGGCAGCACAGCAGCGCUGAGCCCGGGAGCCUCUUUGGGCCCCCCCAGCCCGGACCAGCUGCACGAAGGCAAGCCGAAAGCAGCGGGGGGGAAGGAGCUUCUCUUCACCUGGGCUUUGCUCUCCUGGAGUCCCCUCCCGAGGGCAGCAGUGGAGUCCCUUCCACUGGGGCCCUCUGAAGCCUCAGCUUGCCAGGCUGCUGGGGCAGCUCCUUGCACCUCCACCAUCACCUGCCAAGGGGAUGCUCCUUGGGGGGGGGGGGUCCCUUCCAACCUGGCACUCCGUGAUUCUGUUUCUUCUCCCUCCCAGUGCCAUCUCUCUCUCAGAUCAUUCCCACUGGAGGUGGGGAGGGCAGCACAGGGUGGGCACGAGGAGGGCAGCACAGGGUGGGCACAAGGAGGGCAGCACAGGGUGGGCACAAGAAGGGCAGCACAGGGUGGGCACAAGGAGGGCAGCACAGGGUGGGCACAAGGAGCCCAGCAAAAGGAGUCUGUCUGCAGCCUGCUGCUCUUCGUUCAGCCAAGGGUUUUAUUUCAAAGCACACCAAGAGAGGAGGGAGGAGACCUUCUGGGGUGUAAGGAAAGCAGGGUGCAGCCUCAACAAGCAGCCCUCCCCCCCUCCCCCCACUCCAGAAAGGAUGUUGAAACCCCCACCUUGACCUCACCAGGGCCCUGUGCCAUCGCUGCAGGGUGGCAUCAAGCUUGCUGGUCACAAAUGAGGUCUAGAAAGGAGAGGGAGGGAGAGGGAGAGAGAGAG